GAGGGAUCCCGCGCGCGCAGUGCGUGGUGGCGAGGCGGCUCGCGGGGUUCCGGCCAGUGCUGCUCUAGUCUUGCCUCCUUUACCGCGGCUGCUCCCCGAAGCUCCCGGACGCUUCCGCUCUUGCCGCCGACCCGGACCCAGCCAUGGCUGACCAGCUUACUGAAGAGCAGAUUGCAGAAUUCAAGGAGGCCUUCUCCCUCUUUGACAAGGACGGGGAUGGCACCAUCACCACUAAGGAGCUUGGCACUGUGAUGAGGUCGCUGGGGCAGAAUCCCACUGAGGCAGAAUUGCAAGACAUGAUCAAUGAGGUGGAUGCUGAUGGGAAUGGCACUAUUGAUUUCCCGGAGUUCUUGACCAUGAUGGCAAGGAAGAUGAAGGACACGGACAGCGAGGAGGAGAUCCGGGAGGCUUUCAGAGUGUUUGAUAAGGAUGGGAAUGGUUACAUUAGUGCAGCUGAGUUGCGCCACGUGAUGACAAACCUAGGAGAGAAGCUCACCGAUGAGGAAGUGGACGAGAUGAUCAGGGAGGCAGAUAUUGACGGGGACGGGCAGGUCAACUAUGAAGAAUUUGUGCAGAUGAUGACUGCAAAGUGAAGCCUGCAGAGUGGGCGGCUGGCAAUGCCCAUUCUCCUUCGAUACUUUUUCUCCAACACACUCUCUCUACUUAAGUAACCUGGUUCUAAGCAAACAAUCGACUGUGGAAUAAAUCUGACCAAGCAAUUCUUUUAAAAAACCAACCCUUCCCAAGCUGCAUGAUUGCACUCAUCUCUCUCUCCCUCCUCCUCUUCUUGCUUUUCCUCCCCCCCUUCCUUCCUCUCCCCCCCCCCCGCCCCAGUGCAGCCCCUAAAAUCCCCAAGAGCCCCCUAACCUUGUGGAUGUCUUUGUUUCCAUUGGGUCUUCUGUUCUGCAGUCGGAGCUGGUCUGUCUCCCAGGGCACCGAUUGCUUCUCUUUCUUUCCGGGAUCCACAUGAUAGGGGUGGAGAGAGCGCAGAACCCUCCUUAAUCGUGUUGCAUGCGUCUGGCCACGUGGUCGUGUGCGUUGACCUGGCAGUCGCCACAGAAGGUCUUGCCCCGAGGAACAUCAGGGGUAUGAGGAAGGAAUUGGGUGCUUUUUCUUAAGUUUUCUGGGGAGGGUGGGGAGGGGAAGCGAUCCCAACAUCUACAAGUGUGUGGCUGAAGGUAAGAUUCCAGAGAGCUCCAUUCAUCAUGAUCUGGGAAGGGGCGGGAGAGGGGGUCUGAUAGUGUCCAAUUGUCUCUUCUGAAAAAUGCAAAAACUCCAAAUCUAACCACCCACAAUUUCAAUCUCUGCUCUUAACCCUGUAUAAAUUGUAAAUGUCCUUACAGUUUCCUAAGCGUUGUGUCCAGACAUCGGAGCUGCUGUGUAAAUACCUGAUGCUCCCGGGCCAAGUGGGGUGUGCUGCCCCGUGUGUGGUGAUGGCAGAUGCUUUUUGAUUGGCAGCUUGGGGGGGGGGCGGGUGGGGGGGAGGCGUUGGAACGGAGCCGCAAUAAAACAGUGAAGCCGCUGCUGAGUGACUGCCAACUGCGCCAGAACGCCCUCUCUGCCCUGUCCCACCCCCCACCCCCGUGUCGCGCUUCUUUUCCUUUUUGGUCGUGGCUCUGGUUUGCUGCUUCCGUGUCUGUGCUCUUGGUGUUGCCACCUCCCUGCGCCUGCCCUCCCCUCCUCCUUGGCGGCAAAUGGCAUGAGCUGCCCACCCGCUUCUCUUACUUUUUUCACUUUCGUUUUUUUAAUCAAAAGAAGUUUUGGAGGGGAAACUGAACCAGGCAGCAGUGUCUCCCUGAAACCGGGUGAAUGAAGAGUGCUUUGCGCAGUCCCUGGCGGAUCUGGCCGGGGCCCCUUGCUUCCUGUGUCUCCUGCGCCCCUGCACGAGCGCAGGUGGAGGAGUCUCACCGGAGCGCUUGGGAAGGUUGGAGCGAGGUGGUCGUUGAAAGCAGGUGGUGUGGUGUGUUCAGUUCAAGCUGUGAAAAUACAACUCUAUCAAUGUUUUCCAAUAAAAUGCAGUGACUACCUGAAA